UAAGGCUAUCAAAGGGCUAUAAAACGUGAAGUCGAGCGGUGCAAAGUAGGACACAAUCUUUCGAAGCUUUCUGUCUUCUCAGUCAAGUUUUUCGUCUUGCAAGGAACGAUCAAGAUGAGCAUUGGACCUGUUCUGGGAGAUGACACGUUGAUCCCCUCAAAAUGGUCGUCUCCAAGACCUGCCACUGACGAUGUUCAGGGGCUCUGUAACCGAGUCCGACCUUUGGUAAAGGAGACCUACAACGGCAACAUACCUUUCUAUGACUUUACCGCCACGUCAUUCAUCAGUCGCGACAUCGAGAAUGGUCAAAUCAUACGCGCUAAGGUGUGCAUCAACCCACUUGCUGAAAUCCGGCUUCAAAUUAAGACCAUAAACCUCAAGAACGGUCUCACCGAUGAUUUUAUAAUGGCAUUCUGCGAUGGCAAUUUGCAAGAGGGCCCUGAGUAACUUGUGCUACGCAUUAUAUCUCUCAACUUGCUUUUAUUCCAAUCGGAUGUCUUUAGACUUUGCCUCUCUUCAGGCUACCCUUUAUGCAGUACCGCCAAGGGUAUUGCAGCUUUUGCUUUAGCCUACGUUUUUUAGUACAGUAUUGCGUUUCGCCUCAGAAUCGUGCUCUGUUUUUCUCGGGUACCUCGUAUUGCUUGCUCGCGUGUUCGAUAAUACAUACUUGUGAAGCUCA